CGGAAACUAUCCAUUUUCAAAAACUUUUCAAAGUAUUACUUUUUCCAUGUCUUAAGCGCGUUAUUGGAUUUAUCCUGUCGGUAUCAACAAUCUCGCAUCUCUGAUUCGUCUUGUCGCGAAAGCUAGGGUUCCUCUCCUUCUAUGGCCUCGAGCUCAUCCCCCUCUCUCUCUCUCUCCAUCGCUUCUGGGCUCGAUUCCUCUUCUCCAAUUUCAUCUCUUUAACCCCCAAUUAAACCUUUAACCUAAUUCUUCACUUCCCAAUCGCUGCGACGAGAUCCAAUGGAAGCUAAGAGCAACGAUCCUGCUAAUUCAAUCGAUGACGUGGACAUUGAUCAAGGAAACGAAACCGAUGAGUCAGUGAUCGAUGUCUCCGGCCAAAGUCUGGAGCUUUCUCUUCCGGGCCACAACACAUUCGAUCCCAUCAAAGGUCUCUACUUUUUUCGAAACGCUUUCAACCUAAUCCCCAAAUCGAUCGGAGAGCUCGGGAGGUUGAAGAAGCUCAAGUUUUUCGGCAACGAGAUCGAUCUGUUCCCGGCUGAGCUAGGGAAUCUGGUGGCUUUGGAGUAUCUUCAGGUGAAGAUCUCGUCGCCGGGCUUCGGCGACGGCUUGGCGUGGGACAAGCUCAAGGGUUUGAAGGAGCUUGAGCUUACUAAAGUCCCUAAACGCUCUUCUGCGUUGACUCUAUUGAGUGAGAUCUCUGGUCUUAGGUCCUUGACGAGGCUCUCUGUUUGUCACUUCUCCAUUAGAUAUAUUCCUUCGGAGAUUGGAUGUCUCAAGAGUCUGGAGUAUCUUGAUCUCUCCUUCAACAAGAUCAAGAGUUUGCCUAAGGAGAUAAGUUACCUGACUUCAUUGAUGUUCUUGAAGGUUGCUCACAACAGGCUGAUUGAGCUACCAUCGGUUUUAGCUUUGUUACAAAACUUGGAAAGCCUGGACGUGUCUAACAACCGGUUAACAACUCUGGAUCCUCUCGAUCUAAGCUUAAUGCCUAGGCUUCAGAUUCUAAGUUUACAGUACAAUAGGCUCCAGAGUUGUUGUUCUAUUCCUGCAUGGAUACAAUGUGAUUUGGGAGGGAACUAUGAAGAGAUGGGAGUUGAUACUUGCAGCUCUAUAGUUGAAAUGGAUGUAUAUGAAGAAACCCCGUUUGAAAACAACAUCAUAAGUGUCCCUCAAGGUGCAUGCUCUCACCGUAACUCACUAAGUAUGUCAACUGUUGUUUCUUCCAACGGUAGAUGCGUCUCGGUUCGAAAAUCAAGUAAGAGGUGGAAGCGGAAACAUCACUACUUACAACAAAGGACAAGGCAAGAUCGUUUGAACAACAAAAAAAAGUGGAAAGGUGAAAUCCCUCUGGAGAAGAAGUACAAAGUCAAAGAAACUAGAAAACAGGAGAUGAAUGUUUCACAGAACACUAACAAAGAUUCGGUUGAUAGCAUCUGCUUGGAUGACAGUGAUAAACUGUUAGAAGACGCUGAAAUAGGAGAUCCUGUCAUUACUUCUGAAGAUGAAGAGAGCAGUUUGAAAGCUGAUUUGGUUUCUGAAAAUUCCCCAUCUGUGGAAAACCAAUCAACGAGUGAAAAAGAUAACAAGGAGUGUUGUGAAAUUAAGUCAUCUUCUCCCUCUUCAGGAGAUGCAGACUAUAGUUCUUCUACAGAGAGAAAGAAACCAAAUCACAGUACAAAGAGAUGCUCUGAUAAGUACCUGGAUAACCCAAAAGGUUCUAAAUGCCAUAAGCCAUCUCCAGACAUUGCUAACCUGUCUCACAAAUACAGCAGCAAUUCAUUUUGCAGCACAGAAGAUUCUCUUCCUGAUGGAUUCUUUGAUGCUGGACGUGAUAGGCCCUUUAUGCCUCUUAGUAAGUAUGAGGAGAUCUUGCCCCUUGAUUCACGUGAAGUCAUACUCCUGGACAGGUCCAAGGAUGAAGUAUUGGAUGCAAUCACCCUCUCUGCUCGAGCCUUGGUAGCUAGAAUGAAGAUACUGAACUGUCCACCUUCAGAAGUAGAUCAAGUCUCCAUCAACAACCUCCAAGUUGCAUCAUAUCUCGCCCUCUUUGUGUCAGAUCAUUUCGGAGGAAGUGACAGAACUGCUAUCAUCGAAAGAACCAGAAAGGUUGCGCUCUCCGGCACAAACUACCAGAAACCUUUUGUCUGCACUUGUGUGACUGGGAAUCAAGAUGUCAAUUUCUCUGAUGUGUGUGAAAGAUCAUUGCGUUCUAUCAAGUCCAAGCGGAACUCUGUAGUGGUUCCUCUAGGGAAGCUUCAGUUUGGCAUCUGUAGACACAGGGCCUUGCUCAUGAAGUUCCUUUGCGAUCGUAUGGAGCCUCCUGUGCCUUGCGAGCUCGUUAGAGGCUAUCUAGACUUCACGCCGCAUGCCUGGAACAUUGUUCCUGUGAAGCGAGGUGACUCUUUGGUUCGUAUGGUGGUUGAUGCUUGCCGUCCUCAUGACAUCAGGGAAGAUACAGAUCAAGAAUACUUCUGCCGGUACAUUCCUCUUAAUCGGCUUAGUGAAUCCAUUUGCAAAAGAGCAAAGCUGGAACCAGGAUGCUCUUUUCCUUCUCUGUCAACAAGCGAAGGAGUAGAAAGAGCUAAUAGUAGUCUUAUCCGUUGCAAGCUUGGCUCCACUGAAGCAGCUGCUAAGAUGCGUACAUUAGAGGUUAAUGGAGCUUCCGUAGAUGACAUUAGGACUUUUGAGUACACUUGCUUAGGAGAAGUGAGGAUUUUAGGAGCAUUGAAGCAUGACUGUAUAGUGGAGUUAUACGGACAUGAGUUAUCUUCCAAGUGGAUAGCCUCGGAAGAUGGAAACGAACACCGACGCAUAUUGCAGUCUGCUAUUCUUAUGGAAUACAUAAAAGGAGGAUCUCUAAAGGGCCACAUUGAGAAGCUUUCUGAAGCUGGUAAGCAUCAUGUACCAAUGGAUCUAGCCUUGUCUAUCGCAAGAGAUAUCUCAGGGGCUUUAGUACAGCUGCAUUCGAAGGAUAUAAUUCACCGUGACAUCAAAAGCGAAAACGUUUUGAUCGAUCUGAACAUCCAAAGAGCAAACGGAGAAGAACCUAUUGUGAAGCUUUGUGAUUUCGAUAGAGCUGUCCCGCUUAGGUCUCACUUGCACGGUUGCUGCAUUGCUCAUGUGGGAAUACAUCCUCCUAAUGUAUGCGUUGGUACGCCACGUUGGAUGGCUCCUGAGGUCUUCCGAGCAAUGCAUGAACAAAACUUUUACGGUCUUGAAGUGGAUAUCUGGUCAUUUGGAUGCCUAAUCUUUGAGCUGUUGACACUACAGAUCCCAUAUUUUGAUUCAUCCGAGCUUCAGAUUCAAGAAUCUCUACAGAAGGGCAAAAGGCCAAAACUACCAGAGGAGUUAGAGAAGCUGGCCUCUGAAACGGAGGAAGAAGAAUCAGCCAAUAAACUGCCUGAAGAGCUUGACCUAACCGAAUCUGACUUGGACACAAUGAGAUUUCUUAUCGACGUGUUUCACUGCUGCACGAUGGAGUCUCCUUCAGACCGUCUAAGCGCUGAAGACCUUCAUGAAAUGAUUCUUUCAUGGACAAAGAGCCAUUCUCCUACAGGUACUUUCACUUCUUCACAAAGCUCUCAAGCCUUUGAAGCUUGAAAAGAGAUAAUGAUGAUUUAAGACUGGUCUCAGUCUUUUUAAGUUAACCAUUCAUUAGGCUAUAGGGAUUAGAUCAUGGCCAUUGAUGGUUAAUUAUUUCAUGUAACUUGUUUUGUUUCUUCAUUUUGUAACCUUUCAGUAUAUCAUAUUGUUACAAACAUUAGAUGAACUCUUCAAUCUCAUACAACAUUUUUUAAA